GAGUGGAGAGAAAAAGUUAUGAAAACAAAAGUAUUGUAGCAGAUGGGGCCAGGGUUUACCUUGGAAACAGCAUUACAGCAGAGGAACUGGGGGAGCACCGAGGAGGGGCGUGAGCCAAGCUGGAGUUUAUCACAAUCUCUGGAGACUGAUGAACACACACACAGCAGCAGACACACUCCUCGCACACUGCGGGGGGAAGAGAUAUAAAAGGGCUCCUGGGGAGAAAGAGUGGUCAGGCAAGUGUCCGAGUGGCCGUCCUGCUCAUUUCCACACUGCUGUGCGUCACUGAGUGUGUUUUACGCCAGUGUGUGUGUGUGUGUUUGUGUGUGUGAGAAAGUGCACACUGGUAUCAGAGAGAAACGUGCUGUCUCCACCACAAAGGAAUAAACUUUGACAGGUUUUUCUUUUCUUUUCUUCAAAAGAAAAAAGGACGUAACGAUUGGCUGGAUGGGGGGAGCUGAAGAGAUGCUGAAGCCUGGCUGUUAUUGAACCAGAAAACGGUGUUUGAUUUUCAGGUUUUUCGGUUGAGUUAUUUACUCCUCUCCCUCUGAGUACUUUUUACCUCCACCGCGGGGAGUCAAGAGGUGACUUUAGAACUGCUUGAAGAGGAAUUUAAAAAAAGAUUUUCUCCCCCUGAGGUACCACUGGUCUGAGUGUAAUUUUGUAUUUUUAUUCUCUUUUCGAUUAAUUAUUUGAUGUGCUGAGGCAGAAUGGACGCCUCAUUUCAAUCAGAUACAGACUACAAUCAGACCUAUGUGGAUGAGCAUUUUUACUUUAAAGACAAUAUUGAUGGCUUUGGCAUCACCAUGGCCAUACUCUACUUGGUGGUUUGCAUGCUGGGACUAGUUGGGAACUCCCUCGUCAUUGUUGCCAUUUUGAAAUUGGACAAAAUGUCGUCUUCCACAACGGUGUACAUUUUCAACCUGGCGCUAGCUGACGGACUCUUCAUGAUUGGUCUUCCCUUCAUAGCGAGCCAGAACUUCCAGAAUCACUGGAUGUUUGGCGACCUGGUGUGCAAAGUGGUCAUGGUGCUGGACGGCAUCAACCAGUUCACCAGCGUCUUCUGUCUGACGGUGAUGAGCAUUGACCGCUACAUGGCGCUGGCUGACCCGCUUCGGUUCACCCGUUGGAGAACGCCACGCUGUGCCAAGAUUAUUUCGGCAUUCCUGUGGCUGUCCUCGCUCCUCACCAUCCUUCCCAUGGCGCUUCACUUCUCAGCCGAUCGAGGCCUGUGUAUACCCGAUCUUGUUUCAGAUGCCUGGUGGCUCGGCGUCUUGUCUUACACCUUCGUCAUGGGGUUUGCUUUGCCGUUCACGGUCAUGACAGCCUCCUACGCGGCGCUGCUGCUCACCUUGAGGUCCCAGAGGCUCCGAGCGACGAGCCCGGACCACGAGAGCCACCGGCUGGAGCGACAGGUCACCAAAAUGGUGGUCGCAGUGGUGGUAGUGUUUGGGAUGUGCUGGCUGCCGUUUUACACCUUCAACUUUUGUUCCCUGUAUCAAACUGGCCUAGUCCUGACCUUCGCCAGAGGUUUUGAGUUUGUGGUCCUGCUGUCUUACUCAUGGAGCUGCGCUAACCCCAUCCUCUACGCCUGCCUCUCCGACACAUUCAGGAGGCACUUCCGCACCCUUCUCUGCCCCGCCGCCAAGUUAUCUCCCAGCAUGCAGUGCAACACUGAACGGUAUGACUUAAAUGACACAGGAGUGCGGGAUGUAACCAUUCUGGCAUAGAGAGAAAAUGAAAAACUGACUCAAGAUUUUGCUCAAUUUCCUGACAUGAUGCCUGCAUGAUACUUUUCAACUUCUUUAAACUUAGUUACUCAUUUGAUGGUUCGUAGAUAUGUGAUGAUGUUUUUUUUGUCUCUACUUAACACUUAACUAGGAUUGUAUUGAAGGUACAUUACUUGCCUCCGAGAACGGUGUUGUACAUAUUUUCUUAGAUUUUCUUGUUCUAGUUGAUCAGAUAUGCUGUCUUUCUGACUGUAUAUUGAGUUGUGUGUUUACAAGGCAUGAAUAUUGCUCAUCACUGUCUCGAAUGCAGGUUUUUAAUCUGGUGUCUACAGAGAUUGGGGUUUUCAACACACUUGUGUCGAUCACACAGUCCACUGUUUGAGCACUGACUGUGAUUCUUUCUGCCCAGCCGAAAGGUUGAAAAGGAUGGCUUUCUACUUUCCAAUCUUUCAGUAAGAGUUUCUUUCACAGAAUAAGAAAAGCCAAAACGGGAGAAAAAUGCUCAUCAAACAGCACAAUUCAAUUUGACUCUCUUUAUCUGACAAAUCCCCUGUCCUGAUAGAGUACAGGCCCACCUCCUGCUCUGUCUGACUCAGACCUGUUGUAUAAUUUGUCUUCUAAUAACUCAGACCGCUGAGGCGACCUGCUCUACUGCAUCCCUUGUUAUACUGCUUUUCACCAGAACUAAUGAAAUAAGGCACAAGAGGGAUGAAGAGUGGACAGGUGGAGUGUAAACAGAAUAACAUGGGCCACAUGCCUGUGGCCAAACACCAGCACAAAGAGACUCACACAGACAGCUCCUCCACUCCCACAGCUGGAUCAUGUCCUAGUAGCUUUAAGUGUAAGAGGACAUCAGAUUUGUGUGUGUUUGUGCCUGGGUGGCCAUGUGCAUGCACCUGUGCACAUGCAUGUUGGGAACCUUGUGUGCCACAGGCUUACUGUGGUAUUCUGCUUGAUCCUGACUUACUUAAGAUGAUUUCCAAAAGACACUUUUAAGGGAAAUGAACAGGAUAAAAGGGGAACACAUUUAUUCACUUUAUGAAGUGAGUAAAAAACAUAGCAGCACUUGUCUUGUGUUACAGUGAGUGCCUUAAUCUCUAUCUAAAUGGCUCUAAAAUGGAUUCUGGCACUUCAGAUUAUUAUUAUUAUUUUUUAUUUUUUUUUGCUGUUAGCUGAAAAUAUUGUAUCAUUAAAAUGUCACCAGUUGAGAAAUUUAAAAAGCAGUCUUUGGUUUAGCUUGAUGAAAAUGCAUUUUGACAUUAUUCAGUGUGUGAAAGGCUUUCAUAAAGUCACACAGAGGCAUGUAAUCCAUCAAUUUCAGUGAAAACUUGAAAAAGUAGCCUAAUGAUUGUCAUGUAAUAGCAGUUGCAUGCUUCUCAGUGAUGUUGCUGGAAAUGAUUUGCAUCCUGGGUGGUUGAAUUUGAAUAACAGUGGGCAAAAACACAUAUAGAUCAGCUAUAAACACACCCAAGAUACAUCCAGUCACAGCAUUUGGCCAGUCAACAAACAGCAGAUGCAUGAACAGAAUUACAUUUUUGCACACAGAUGCAAAGAAAAAGUAAACAGAAGACCGGCUGCUCAUGUACAAACACCCUUGUCAAAAGUGGAUUGUCAGAACAGAUGUUGGCUGUCAGUUAUCAGUUAUCAGUGAUGUAAAUAUGUGAAAAUGAGAAAAUGAUUUGUGUGAGAAACAUAAAUCUGAUGUCAGAAUGUGUACCCCAGUGUGCCUCAUUUUAACAUUUCUUGCCAAUUGAAUCCAUUUACACCACAUCUAAACACAAAAAACGCAUGUUUUGUGUCAUGAGUUUUAUUGAGGCUGUUAAUCAAGACAUGGGCCUGGGACUUAUAGUCAUGUAUGGAGUGACUAUAUGACUAUAGUCACUCCAUACAUGAGCCUUUCCCAGAUGCUGUUGCUAUAUUGACUGUAAAUAAAUAUAGUUGCUUGUUUUUUAUUCUUAUUUCUGUUACCAUAUUUCAUUGCAAAGGAAUAAACCACAACCAUGUCGCAUA